AAUCUCUCAUCGAGCUGUGUGGUGCAUCGUCUUGAUGGGGUACUGAAUGCAUACCACAAAUGUGUACCAGUUGUUCGUCUCUAUGGUCCAACCAACUUUGCCCCUGUAAUAACGGAAGCUGCACGAAGAGCUGCCAAAGUACGUGACGGCUCCCACUAUCAGAUCUUCCUGAUCAUCACCGAUGGGGCGAUCUCUGAUAUGUCAAAUACGAAACGGGCCAUCAUAAAUGCUUCCUACUUGCCUCUAUCAAUAAUUAUUGUCGGCGUAGGCGAUGAAGACUUCAGCAGUAUGAACGAACUAGAUUCCGACGAUAUGAUGCUUUCCCAUGAUGGCAAAACUGCUCAGCGAGAUAUUGUUCAGUUCGUCGCUUUACGUGACUUCUAUUGCGGUUCAUUUGAAAUUGAAAAUGAACACAUAAUGAAUAUGUUGGCGAAAGAGGUACUGGCCGAAGUACCGCAGCAACUCGUCUCUUAUAUGGAACGAAACGGUGUCGUACCUAUGGAAGCAGUACCCAAAACUCGUCUAGAGUACACAAAGGAAAUGGAGAUGUUCAUGCAAGAGCCCGGAUCUGCGCCACUUCCUUUUCUCAGGGAUCAACCAGAACGCUGA